AAUGAGCGUCACAUAAAAGGAUACAGGUGAGGUCAGUCACGGCGACAGUCACAGUCACAGCUGGGCACUACACGCUGAGGCCAGUAGACGGGCUACUCUUAAAACAAACAAACACAAAAACUGGAACCGUUUUAAAUUCCUCCAGUAUAAAAAAGGGAACUAAGCUUGCAUUACGUAUAAAAGAGAGAGAGCUUUAAGAGGAACGGCAACAUGUUCACUUGGGUAAACAAGGAGCAGGGUGGAAGAAACAAGGAGGGUGACAUGUUUCAAACAGUGACUGAAGGACUUUUGAGUCUUUAUGUUAAGAAACUGCUGCCUUUGGAGGAGACCUACCUCUUCCAUGACUUCCACUCACCGGCUCUGGAGCAGGCGGACUUCCAGAGCAAGCCCAUGGUCCUCCUGGUGGGACAGUAUUCCACAGGGAAGACCACUUUUAUAAGGUAUCUUCUGGAGCAGGAUUUUCCAGGGAUGCGAAUUGGCCCUGAACCAACGACAGAUGGAUUCAUAGCUGUGAUGUACAAUGAGAAUGAGGGGGUUGUUCCGGGAAAUGCCUUGGUUGUGGACCCCAAAAAACCUUUCCGCAAGCUCAAUGCAUUCGGAAAUGCCUUCUUAAACAGGUUCAUCUGCUCUCAAAUGCCCAACCAAGUUCUGCAGAGCAUUAGCAUCAUUGACACACCGGGGAUCUUGUCUGGCGAGAAGCAGCGCAUAAGCAGAGGCUAUGAUUUCUCUGAGGUUCUGCGUUGGUUCGGAGAGCGAGUGGACCGAAUCAUUCUUCUCUUUGACGCCCAUAAGCUGGACAUAUCUGAUGAGUUUUCUGAAGCGAUCAAAGCUUUCCGUGGUCAGGAUGACAAAAUCCGUGUGGUAUUGAACAAGGCUGACCAAGUGGACACACAGCAGCUGAUGCGUGUUUAUGGUGCACUGAUGUGGUCGCUCGGGAAGGUGAUCAAUACCCCAGAGGUGGUGAGGGUCUAUCUCGGCUCUUUUUGGGCCAAACCUCUCCAAAAUGCAGAAAAUCGACGUCUGUUUGAAGCUGAAACACAAGAUCUCUUCAGGGACAUCCAGGGUUUGCCACGCAACGCUGCCCUGCGUAAGCUGAAUGACCUCAUCAAAAGGGCUCGUCUUGCUAAGGUGCAUGCUUAUAUCAUCAGCUACUUAAAGAAAGAAAUGCCCUCCUUGUUUGGGAAAGAGAAGAAAAAGGAGGAGCUUAUUGCCCACCUGCCUGAGAUCUAUCAGAUACUGCAGAGGGAGCACCACAUCUCACCUGGAGAUUUCCCUAAUGUCAUUAAAAUGCAGGAGCAACUGCAGCACUACGACUUCAGCAAGUUCCCCUCUUUGAAAUUGAAGUUGAUUGAAUCUGUGGACAGAAUGUUGUCCACCAAGAUCUCGAGCCUGAUGAACAUGAUCCGAGAGGAAGAAAGCAAACAGCCAUCUCAGAUGGUAAUGGGUGGAGCCUUUGAAGACUCUACCGACGGGCCUUUUGGCCAUGGCUACGGUGAGGGUAUCAGUGCAGGGGCUGAUACUGAGGAUUGGAUCGUAAGUCGUGACAAACAUCGCUACGAUGAAAUCUUCUACACAUUGAUGCCUGUCAAUGGGAAGGUAACUGGCAUCAAUGCCAAGAAGGAGAUGAUGAGUUCUCGUCUGCCCAACACCGUACUGGGAAAGAUCUGGAAGCUGGCAGACUGUGAUAAGGACGGGAUGCUGGAUGAUGAAGAAUUUGCUCUCGCUCAGCACCUUAUUAGGGUCAAACUUGAGGGAUUUGAGCUUCCUGCAGAGCUACCAAAUCACCUGGUGCCUCCGUCUCACAGGAAGGACCCCACCGCAGAGAUCUUGUACAAUCACCAGGAGGAUUGAGCACCUUCAUGUAUUUUUACCAGCCAGCUGCUUGCACAAAAUGAAAAAGGGAUGACGUUUUAUUGGUCAAGCCAUCUUUUGUAUUCAACAGUGCUGUUGAUGGUCAAAAUUAGACAUUAGACUUCUGUGACUUUCAUAUGCCUAAAAUGCAAUUUCAUUAACUCCGAGUUAAAGAACAAAUAUAUUAAUAUAUUUGAAAGACGUGGCAUUUUAAAUUAAUUUAAAUUACAACCCAUAGAAUAAUAUGGUUACCUCUAAAUUUUAUCCCUGAUAUUAUGUUAUUUGACCAUGUACUUUCAGAUUGUGAAAAUAGAUGGCAGUGCGGUUGUAGAUCAUUUUAUACAGUGCUUUCAAGAUGUUAUAUUAUAUUUCAUAUGAAAUAAAAAUGUUAGUUGUUAAUUGUGCAUAACAGCAGCCAAAAAUAAUCAUCCUAUUCAUGACAAACUGUCACAGGCACUGACAGAAGUAUACAUUCAUCUCACUCAUUCUGACACAGUGUGAAUAUCCACAGAUGUUACAUAGCUAUUCAAUUAAUUUUGCAGCACAAUAUAGUCUUACAGUUUCUUUUUUACAUCAACCUUUUCCUUGAAUGCACACUUUUUGUAUGAACUUGAAAAUGAUUGCAUCAUAAUCCUGAAAUGGACUGUGGGGAAAUUGAAACAGUAUUCAGUGUUUCAUGAAGCAAUUAAAAUGAAUUCUGCUCAUUAUUAAUAUUUAGAUGUAACUUUUUAAUAGAAAGUUACUACAUACACUCUUUUCUCAUGCUGGGUGUUAGAUAUUUUGAUUUAUUGAACAUGACAUUGAAUACAUUUACACAUAAUAACAGCACUUUUUUUGUUUUGCCAAGGUUUUUUGUUGUCUAUAAUAUUUGUCUGACACUGUCUAGUUAGUGAAUAAUUAUAGUUUAUAGCAGCAAGCAUUUAAAGAAAUUAAAAUAAAAAAAUAAUUCUUAUAAACUAUUCUACAAUUUCAGUUUUUUGAGAGAUUGGCAUUCAGGCUGCCAAGUCUAUUUAUGCCUUCUAUAUAUAUUUAUAUUUUACAUUUAAAUAUUAACAAUGUAUACAAUGACAGUAAGAUAAAAUUACAAAUUAAAUAGUGUUUAUAUUUCUAAGGUGCAAAGUAACUUCUGUUAUAUAAUGAAAUCAGUUUUAAUCAUGAAAACUCCACUUUGCUGUAUAUACAUCAGUACUGACGAAAGUAAAUGUGUGUGUUAAACACUGUUACAAUAAUCAUAUGUACAUUUUAAUUAAUACAUACGUGGAUGGUUUCUGUCAGCUCAGAGGUGGAUUACAUGAACUAGACUGUAAUUAGUUCAACUCUUGUGGCUUGUGAACAUGAAAGAUCAUGUUUGAAAUUAAGAUUACUGUAAAAAGUGAUUACAAAAAUUUAUCUUUUCAUGUUUUUGGGACAAUUAGUACAUUUAUAUAGGUGUUUGAUGGUGUUGCCUAUACUUUAAUGAGCGUUUGGCAUAUAUAUAUAUAACCUCCAGCCAUCGUUAAUGUGUAAUUGAUUGUUAAAAAAA